AUGGCUAUCAUGGGGACCUGGAGGUGUCUUUGGGCUCUAUUUGCCCUGAAUAUGCUCUUUGCUCUCAGCAGCGCAGCUCAGAAGCCACUGCAGACCGUCAUAGAUGCCGCCCCGAAGCGGGUGGCUGUCAUCGGAGCUGGAGCUGGAGGCUCAUUUGCCGCAUCUGAAUUGCGGAAGCUCGCAGACGCUUCAGACAUCCCUGUCAAUGUCACCGUAUUCGAACGAGCCUCGUACAUCGGCGGACGAUCGACAACAAUCGAUGCAUUCGAUGACCCGGCCUAUCCAAUCGAGCUGGGCGCUUCAAUAUUCGUAAAAGUGAAUCAAAUCCUCAUGAAUGCAUCAGACGACCUCGGCCUUUUCGUCCUCGGCGCAGACCACGCCAGACCACGUCAGACAGAUGACUCUAUAGGAAUCUGGGAUGGCUCCAAGUUUGUAUUCACAGUGCAAAACUCCUCGAGCUGGUGGAACAUCGCCAAGCUAUUUUGGAGAUACGGGCUGGCACCGUUACGCACCCAGAAUCUCAUGAAGGAAAUUGUUGGAAGGUUCCUGAAACUUUACGAGGAACCGCUGUUUCCGUUCCGAUCGCUGUCAGAGGCAGCAGCAGCCGUCAAUCUAGUCAACGUGACCGCUUCACCCGGAGAUGCAUUUCUUAAUGCAAACUCCAUCUCGGAGUUAUUUGCACGAGAGAUCAUCCAAGCGAGUACGCGGGUGAACUAUGGACAGAAUCUGGGACUGAUCCACGGGCUGGAAUCAAUGGUCUGCAUGGCAACGGAUGGUGCUGUAUCCGUUCACGGCGGGAACUGGAGGAUUUUUGAUGGAGUAUUAAAAGCUGCUAAGACCGAAGUCCGAUUGAACACAACUGUCACCAAACUUGUUAGAAGCAAGGAAGGCACUGUGCGGAUUACCUCUAAGCCAACUGGUCUUGACUCGACACAAUCUGAUGAAUCUGAAUUCGAUGAAGUCGUCAUCGCUGGACCACUACAGUACUCCGAUAUCUCGAUCUCUCCCCCUCUCGAGCGUGUACCAGAUGACAUCCCCUAUGCUAAACUUCACGUUACGCUUCUUGCCUCGCCGCACCGGAUUUCAUCUCAGUUUUUCGGUCUUGAUGACAAAAGUUCACCACCAGAGACAAUUCUUACUAUCCUUCCUGAGGGACUGGACCUUGGCGCAAACCCGAAGGGCGUCGGGCCUGCUGGGUUCUGGAGUGUUAGCACGCUCCGAGAAGUGCCUAGAAUCAUCGUGGAAGAUGGCAAGGAGCAAACAGAGGAUCACUACGUCUAUAAAAUCUUCUCUCCCGAGCGACCAACCGCCGAAUUCAUUGCCGAACUAUUCGGGAUAGAAUACUCUAAAUCCUCUACCUCGGAUGCUGCUGGUCCUGGUAACACGACUAUUGGUGAUCUCCCAAAGAGCGAGGUUAGCUGGUAUCAUGAGAAGGUGUGGUAUCCAUACCCUCUAAUGUAUCCCCGUGUGACUUUUGAAGAGGUUCUUCUGGCGCCCAGCGUCUGGUAUACCAGUGGCAUUGAGAGCUUUAUCUCUACAAUGGAGACGAGUGCUUUGAUGGGUAGGAAUGUGGCGGCGCUUAUGGUUCAAUCGUGGCAGAGAGAAAAGGAUGAAAGAGAUGGUUUAGAUUUCUCAACUGGAAGGACUGAGCUUUAG